AUGAUGAAAAGUGAGAUACACUUUGUGCACAUUCUUUUGUUAUUAAUUCUUUCUCCAUUAAUUUGUGUUAAUAGUGCAAACUUUGUGCUGAUUCAUGGUGGAAGCCAUGGAGCAUGGUGUUGGUAUAAGGUUGCAACUAUGCUUAAAUCAACUGGUCAUAAUGUUACAACUAUUGAAUUAGCUGCUUCUGGUAUCAAUCAAAUACAAGUUCAAGAUAUUCAUUCAAUUUCAAAAUAUUAUAAACCUUUGAUGGUAUUUAUGGAAUCUCUUCCUCCAAAUGAAAAAGUGAUUCUUGUUGGUCAUAGUCUUGGUGGGGUUUCUACAUCUGUUGCUAUGGAAAAAUUCCCACAAAAAAUUUCAGUUGCAGUUUUUGUUACAGCAUAUGUGCUUAGUCAAAAUCUAACAUACCCUGCUCUUCUUCAAGAGGUACAAGCUAGAAGGAAUGGUUCUUUAAUGGACACAAAUUUUUUCUUUUUUGAUGGACCAAAUAAACCUGCAACUGCUAGACUAAUUGGACCUAAAUUCAUGGCAUCCAAGAUGUAUCAAUUAUCACCACCUAAGGAUUUGACCCUUGCAUUGUCCCUAGUGAGACCUGUACCAAUUUAUAAAGAUGUUGAACUAUUGUUGAAGGAAACAAAAGUAACCAAUCAUAGAAAUGGAAGAGUACCUAAAGUUUCUAAGCCAUCUUGCAUCAUCUAUGAGGAUUUACAAAUGUGGAUGAUUAAGAGAAGUGGUCCAUUUGUUAAGCUGAAAGUGAUUAAGGAUUCUGAUUACAUGAUCAUGUUCUUCUCUAUUCAAAACGAAAAUAUGAAUACUUACCUUAGCACUAUAGAAUCAUUAUCCAUUUCUUAA